GAUCUCUUCCAAGGCAACUACUAUCAUAUGAGGAGGUUGCGCUCUGUGCUCGUGGAGCUCGCUGCAAAUGUGAACGAGAGAGCGAAUAAGAGGAGAAAAGCAGAGAGAGAGGGGGCAGAAAAGGAAAGACGGAGAGGUGUUUUGGUAGAAAAGCUCCAUUCUGCCACAUGCUGCAACGACAAGCCUGUCUCAUCAGUAUCCACUGCGCGCUCAAGGGAUGAGAAUAGCCAAAUUGAAUGCAGUGGGGGAAAUAGGUUUAAUAUGUGAAUAAGGAGUUUGAAAGCAGUAUGCGUCCGUAGUGAAGAGGAAUACAUAGGAAAACAAGCUCUCUGAGUGCUGGACUGAUAUCGCAUGGGGACAUGAACAGUGUGGACCCCGCUUCUACCAAACUGUUGACUUUCAACCAACGCUCUGCCUCGGAGGACUUGGGCUGCAGGCGUGGAGACUUCAGCCGAAAACACUAUGGCUCCGUCGAGCUGCUGAUCUCUAGUGAUGCAGACGGAGCCAUACAGAGAGCGGGUCGUUUCCGAGUGGAGAAUGGCUCAUCAGAUGAGACGACGGACUACACCCCGGGAACCUGGAGAAGAACCGAUGUCCAUCUGGAGAACCCGGAGUACCACACCAGAUGGUUCUUCAAAUACUUCCUGGGCAAAGUCCACCAGAACUAUAUUGGUACGGAUGCAGAGAAGAAUCCCUUCUACCUGUCUGUGGUUCUGUCCGACCAGAACAACCAGCGGGUCCCUCAGUACAGAGCCAUCCUCUGGAGGAAGACAGGAACUCUGAAGAUCAGUCUGCCAUACAGCCCCACCAAAACACUAUCAGUCAAAUCCAUCUUAAGUGCGAUGAACCUGGACAGGUUUGAGAAAGGCCCGAGGGAGAUUCUCAACCCAGAGAUACAGAAGGACCUACUGGUGUUGGAGGAGCAAGAGGGUUCUGUCAACUUCAAAUUCGGUGUCCUGUAUGCCAAAGAUGGACAGCUCACAGACGACGAGAUGUUCAGCAACGAGUCUGGGAGCCAGAGCUUCGAUAAGUUCCUUAACCUCCUGGGUGACACCAUCUCCCUGCAGGGCUGGGCAGGCUACCGUGGUGGGCUGGAUACCAAGAAUGACACUACAGGAAUGAACUCCAUCUACACAGUGUACCAGGGCCAUGAGCUGAUGUUCCAUGUCUCCACCAUGCUACCCUACUCCAAGGAGAACAAGCAGCAGGUAGAGAGGAAAAGACACAUUGGGAAUGACAUCGUCACCAUAGUGUUCCAAGAGGGAGAGGACGCGUCUCCGUCAUUUAAACCCUCCAUGAUCCGAUCCCAUUUCACACAUAUUUUUGCAUUAGUUAGAUACAACAGUCAGAACGACAGUUACAGGUUGAAGAUUUUCUCUGAGGAAAGUGUGCCACUGUUCGGACCUCCCCUCCCCUCACCACCUGUGUUUACAGACCACCAAGAAUUCAGGGACUUUUUGUUAGUCAAACUAAUCAAUGGAGAGAAGGCCACCCUGGAGACGCCCACAUUUGCCCAGAAGCGCCAGCGGACCCUGGACAUGCUGAUCCGUUCCCUGUACCAAGACCUCAUCCCUGACCUCCACAAGGUUCCCUUCUCUCCCCAGAACAUGCUCAACAGACGCUCGUUUAGUGAUGUGCUGCCGGAGUCGCCCAAGUCUGCCCGCAAGAAGGAAGAGGCACGACAGGCCGAGUUUGUCAGGAUAGGACAGGCACUAAAGCUGAAGACCAUCGUCAGAGGAGACGCCCCAACCAGUCUGGUCACUACAGGCCUGUGUAGAAAAGAGCCGUGGGAGUCCCAGUCAUUCUGCAGUACGUUUCCGUAUGAGACAGUGUGUGCUGACUCCUGGGGUCAGUCUCUGCUGGUCGCCACGGAAGCAGCAGGGGUCAUGAUGAUAGAUGCUGUUGAUCCACUUCUUUCAAACCCAGAUGCCCAGGUCCUGCCCCCAGUGCAGGUGUUUGAUAAGACUAUGGUGGUGAAACAGAUACACGUUGUAGAGCCUCAGGACCUACUCAUCACCAGGGCUGACAAAGGGAAGGAUGCGCGUCUCUAUGUGUUCAGACUGAGCAUGCUCAAGAGAGGCUUGGAGGAGAGGCAGCUGGUUCGCACCAAGUGUGACAGCCGAGAGAACAAACUGGAAAAGACCAAAGGGUGUCACCUAUACUCCAUCAACACCCACCAUGGGUCAGAGUUGAGGAUCGUGGCGGCCAUCAGGAAUAAGCUCCUCCUCAUCACCAGGAAACAGCCCCGCCUCGACGGCCCAGGCACCCUCGCUGCUGCAACCCACUCGCCCGUGGACCAGUUCCAGUACAUACGGGAGAUCUGUCUGUGUGACCCUCCAGUAGUCAUGGCCCUAGUGGACGGUCCUACAGGGGAGAACGACAACAUGAUCUGUGUGGCCUACAAACACCAGUUUGACCUGAUCAACGAGAGCACCGGGGACGCAUACAGGCUACACCAUGUAGACGCCAACCGGGUCAACUUUGUGGCAGCCAUCGAUGUGUACGAGGAUGGGGAGGCUGGUCUUUUGUUGUGUUACAAUUAUAUCUGUUCCUAUAAGAAGGUGUGUCCGUUCAAUGGGUCCACCCCUAUGAUCCAGUCUAACGCCUCUGACUUACACUUCAGCUGGAACCAGAUGCCCAACGCCAUCGUGUGUGCGUUUCCCUACAUCUUGGCCUUUACCACUGACUCCAUUGAGAUCCGGCUGGUUGUCAACGGUAACCUGGUCUACACAGCUGUCGUGCCAGAGCUCCAGCUGACUGCCUCCAGGUCAGACAUCUACUUUGUGUCUUCCGCUCCGGUCAACUCUGCCUCCAACUGCAGCUCCCGGGACACCAGUUCCCAGAGUUCCCCACAGACGCCCACCGGCUACGAGAUGCCCGUGUUCCCAUUGCCGCUCGGAGACGAUUCUAUACGGAUCCCCUAUGGUACCAAGCUAUCCCUGUACAUGUCUAAGGAUGCCGAAGGUGAGACACAGUGUAAGCAUAUCUUCAAGAUCCCACUGAGUAACCUAGUGGGCCGCAGCAUCGAGAGGCCCCUCAAGUCCCCGCUGGUCAACAAGGUGGUGACGGGCCUGACAGCCCCCGCGGGGGCCCUCAUGCAGGGGUCCUCACACACGCUGUCUCUGUCCCGCAUGGAGAUCAAAGAAAUCGCCAGUCGCACCCGUAAGGAGCUUCUGGGCUUGACCGAGGAGCCUAGCAGUAAGAUAGACAGUAGCACGGGCAAACAGAGGAAGAUGAGCAAGAAGACCACUGAGGAAGAGAUAAAGACACGAACAUUGACCUCCACCAGCAGCGACAGAGUGGGCUCGGAGUCGGCCGACACGGACUCGGACAUCCAACGGCACUGCUCGUCCAGCUCGGAGGCGGAGCCAGAGAAAGUGGUGCUUAGAGAGGAGAGCCCGCCAUUGGCCAGCCCCUUCACCCUCCCCACCUCUUUCGAAGAAGACAUCCUGGACCUAAAGUGAAGACAAUCCCAUCAUGCACUUAUUUUCUGCCCUCCUCCUCCUUUCCUCCUCAUCCCUCUUCUCUCCUCCUCCUUUCCUCCUCAUCCCCCUCUUCUCUGCUCCUCCUUUCCUCCUCAUCCCCCUCUUCUCUCCUCCUCCUUUCCUCCUCA